AAACCAAAUGGCUGAGGACUGAAUUAGUCACUCCUUGAGAGAAAAAUGUUUACACUCCAAAUGGAGGUGCUGACAGCAGGCCAGGGUCAGAAUCCAGCACGUCAAGCUGCCAUGGGAGCCGGGAUUCCUUAUGCUGUACCAGCAUCGCUCAUCAAUAUGCUCUGUGGCUCUGGGCUAAGGUCCAUCUCCUUAGGAUAUCAAGCUAUCAUGCUUGGUGAUGCUUCGUUGGUUGUGUGUGGAGGGCAGGAGAGCAUGAGUCAAGCCCCUCAUUGUGUGAAUAUAAGAACACCAACCAAAAUGGGUCAUGCAUCCAUGAUGGAUUCAAUGCUGACUGAUGGGUUGACAGAUGCCUUCCAUAAUUACCACAUGGGUAUAACAGCAGAGAAUGUGGCUCAACGAUGGCAUAUAAACAGAGAACAGCAGGAUGCAUUUGCUCUUAAGUCACAGCAAAAGACAGAGUAUGCUCAGAAGGAAGGCCAUUUUGAUCAAGAGAUUGUCCCUGUCAUUGUUCCUGGCCGCAGAACUCCCAUUGAAGUGAAAGAUGACGAAUAUCCACGUCAUGGCUCCUCCGCUGAAGGUCUAGCCAGGUUAAAACCUUGUUUUGUCACAGAUGGAACUGGCACCGUGACAGCUGGAAAUGCAUCUGGUAUCAACGAUGGAGCAGCUGCAUUACUGCUUGCCAGCGAAAUGGAGGCCAAACGCAGGGAAAUUCAGCCACUAGCUACUGUAGUUACAUGGGCUCAGUCAGGUGUUGAGCCUUCUGUCAUGGGAACUGGGCCUAUACCUGCUGUUAGGUUAGCACUCCAGAAGGCUGGUUGGAGUAUAAAUGAUGUUGAUCUCUGGGAGUUGAAUGAAGCUUUUGCAGCUCAGAGUCUGGCGGUUAUUGCAGAACUUGGUCUUGAUGUUUCAAAAGUCAAUGUGAAUGGAGGUGCUAUAGCACUCGGACACCCCAUUGGAGCUUCUGGUGCAAGAAUUUUGGUGACCUUAAUACAUGCAAUGAUUAGGCUCGGCAAGAAACGUGGAGUAGCAGCUCUCUGUGUUGGAGGUGGUAUGGGUAUUGCAGUGUGUGUUGAGAGGAGUUAAAAUCUGAAUUAAUUUGAUUGGUUUUAAAAAAAUAUGUUAUACAGUUAUUACAUUUUAGGUGAUGGAUAUUUUAUAUUAUAUUCGUUAUGUUUUUAAGGUGAACAAAUAUGUGUCACACUCUUAUAGUUUAUUUAGGUUGUUACCAUGACAUAUACUGCCAACACUUGCUUUUAUGCUAAAAUAAUUUGGUUUUCCACUACUGUUAUGUAAUGUAACAAUGAGGUUAGUGCAGAGGAUUUGUCCUACAAUUGUGAUCUCCCUUAACCCUUGCUUCUACUUAAAAUCAUUUCAGUGUUUAUUUUACCUUGGUGCUCCAAAAAGAAUUUUUUUAAAACUCUGGUGUUCCAAAUUAUUUGUCCUAUUGAACAAAAUUUCUUGGAUCCUCCAUGCUUGUAGUUGGCAGUUGUUAUUAUUAUUGAAUUUUAGGUAAUGGAUUUUUUAUGCUUUGUUAAGUUUGAUAGAGUAACAAACAAAUGUUGUUCUUUUAAUCUCAAUUAUUGUACAUGUAUUUAAUUUGUAACCAUGAAAUGCUACCAAUAUUUGCUUGUAAGGUACUUUGAAAUGAUGAUGCUAGUUCGUAAUCUUAGUAAACCUGCUGUGCUUAGCACAAGAGAAAUCUCCAUGGUUGUGGUCUUCCAAGACCUUUGAUAUGUGCUAUAACAGGACCUCUUGCCUCACCUGUUACCCAGUGUUCUUGUGUUAUUAGACAAGAUUGCAUUUUCUGGAUCUCCAAGUUCUAGUAGGUAAUGUCAAGUGUCUUCUCUACUCAUAAUUUAUUAAAUCCUAAAUGUUUUGAAAGUAGAACAUUUGGACAGACACCAGGUGCCAUUGUCUGGCUCAAGCCCAAAGAAAAAAAGAAAAAACAAAGGAACUACCAAAAAAGGGAAGAUGAAUGGAGAUGGUAGGAAAAUAGGAAGAAUUUUAGACCUCGGCAGGAGUGAAAAGGAAACAAGUUCCCUAUCACUUCAAGUCAGUGACUCCUAGCCAUUGUGUUAGCCCAAAAAUAUGGUGGUUGAAAAGGUUAGAUAUAUGUAUAUAGAAAUCAUUUAUCAGUUACCCAAGCCUGUCGGGAGCUGCAGUACUCCCUUUUCAUACUGUCAUUAGCUGAUACAUAAACUUUCCAUGGUUAGAGUUUAUAUUGAGAACAUAAAAUGCAAUGUACUGGCUUUGUAUGUUUAAAAAUGCAGCUCUGUCAAAAGUUAUUUUUAGUGGUUGAUUAUGCUUUGUGUACUCUAGGUUUUAGUGAAAAUAUAAUAUUAUAUGACAUAACUUUGAUAAAUUAUAGGAAGUUCAAUUUCCUAAGUGUAAGAUAUUGUCUCAUGCUUUGUCAUUUCCUUAAAAUUGUAUACAGUCACUACCCUACUUAAGGACAUUCAUGUCACAAACAUUCAGAUAUGAACAGAGGGGGUUGCAAGCUAAAAUUGUUUGGAGCACUUCCCUUUGCCACCCGUUAGUUCAAAUGUUGCUCUGGCACCUACUCUGCAUGUAAUAUUUUUUGCCAAGAACAAAACGACAUGAGGAAGAAGACAACCUUGUUCCUUUAACCACUUCCCUGAUUAUCCUAAGGAUUCUUGUGAUUAAUACCAUGUAUUCUUACAAUUAUGAGAAUGUUCUUUCGUACUCGAAUCCUAAUUAUUUUUGUCAUCCCAAUUUAACUUGUUCUUUGAUGAAUUCCCAUUUUCUAAAUUUCCUCUCCCCAUAGGAAAUAUUUGGUUUAUAUUUUUGCAAAUUGAUGGUGGUAUGCAUUGUUUACUUUGUGAACUUUCGAUAUCUCAGAUGCUGCUGUGAAUUUUAUUUUCUUGUGUUUACCGUUUUAACACCAAAACUUUAUAAUACAUUACUGCAUGCCUUAAAAAUGCAGUGAGUAUAAUAUAAUGUAUGAGUCCUGAGUCAAUUUGUGAAUGUAAACAGCAACAAAAAUUAUGGACAUCCUAAUAACCAACUUAACAAAAAAUUCAGGAUACCAACAGCUGUCUGGAACGUAAUUUUUUCGUAAGUCGGGUAGUGACUGUAAUCUUGUUUCUAUGCAUUGAAAGGGAUUUUUCUAUUGAUAAAGAUUUCUAAAUAUACAGAUCAAAACAGAUGAUCUCUGUAGUUCCUUUGUAAAGAUAAAAAUUCUUAAUGCAAGUUGUAGGCAUGAGAUCCAUGGAAAUUAUUUUGAGCUUAAAAGGGUUCCCGUUACUAACUUGAUGCUAUAUUUCAUUUCAUAAGGGAGAAUGAUAUUUUUAAAUAUAUUAUUUGUACAGUGCAUAGAAAUUUUUUGUAAACUUAAGCUCAUGGCAUGUAGCAUUCCUUUUGAUUUUAACUCCAAAAUUCAUACACAGAUAGAAUGACUGGAGAAUAGAGGUACAUGAAACACUUACUCUAGAAUCAUCUAUGAUGCUGUUUUUUAAUUAUUAUAUGGCUGUAUGCUUUUUGUUAUCAAAGAUGCAGUGGUUGCCAUGGCUUGAAAUUUUCUAUGAUAGUGUUUAAAAGUUUUUUUCAGCUUAUUGUGCUGUAGUCUCACCCAUACAAUCUCAUCAAUAUCUCAUGACAUAGCUUUAUAGUGUUUUGAAUGCUGCUUCUGUGCUACAAAAUGUUAUGUUAUUUCUGCAUUGUUUGACAUUUUUUAGAAAUGCUCAAAUGUGAAUGGUGCCUUUUCAAAAACAUAGAUAUAUCUACCUAUAUAAUGAAUAAUUCAGAAAGGUGUAUAUAACUGGGAAUUAUAGUAAUUGUUGACAAGUUUAGAUUUUUAUUAAAUAAUAUUUUUGUAGAUGUUUAUUGUGACUACACUUUUAAAGUGGCACUUUAGAUAAGAUUUUUUUCUGAUAAGUAACUUUGACAACAUAAGGACAUGUUCUAUAGCAUAAUUGCUAUGAUAUAAUAUACGUAAGGUAUUUUUAAAAUCUUCCUUUUUCUCAACUAUGUGUGAAAUUGGGACGUAAAGAAUGUUGUACUAUAUUAGUUUUAUGUAGUGGAUGUAAGGCUGCACUAAAAGUUAGGCUAACACAAGGUAAUUUAUUGAGGACAGUAGUACCUCGUUUGUCGAGUGUUUCUUAUGCCAAAAUUCCGUUUUUUAAACAAAAUUUUAGAAGAAAUUUUUUGGUGUUUGUGGAACAAAUACUCGGACUUUGACCUGAAUGAUAAUCUUGUCUAAGCUUGUAGUCGAUGUCCUAUCACGUCUUACAUGAAAAAGAAAGGCAAUAACCCACAUGAUAACCACAGUCAACAAAAUAAAUAAAAGAAUAAAGCAUUUCAAAAUAAGAUAUAGCAUUAAAGAUCAACAAAAUUAUGUCACUGUGGUGACGCAUAGCUGACUUGAUAUAGGUAGAGAAAGCGAGCAUUUAUACUGUGUAGGAGAGAAAGAGAAGAGAGUAAAAACAUUACUAUUUGUACUUAAAAGCAGUAACAAUUCACAUAAAAAAUAAAAAGCAAUUUCACAAUAAAUUUAACAUAAUGAUACAAUAUAAAAAGAUCAAAUGCAAUACAAUAACAAUAAAAAAUCAAGAGUCUUACUUGAGCAAGUGUUUGGGACUGCAACGAGUCAGAUGGUAGAGAGGAGAGGGGGGAGAGAUGUGGUUCGCCCGACUUCCCAGCUAUACCAACCACUGGAACUAGGCUGGAUGAUUUUUCUUUUUCACUGUGUUUCACCCAUUUGCUUUCACUUAAUUCGAUUUGCUAGAAUCACUUCUGUUUGUUACAGGUAAAUACCCAUCGAGCGACACUUGCUUUUUACGAAAUUUUAGCAUUGUAAAAGUAACUCGUCCCCAAAUCAUGAAAUACACUGUCGCAUUCAGCUGCUUUACAUCAUCAAUUUCUUGUUUAAACAACUUCCAUGUGAAAAGUUUUUUAUUUUUCUUAACUUUUCUUACUUGCAUUCUUUACUUAUUUGUUUGCAAAGUCCCCGUGUUUAUUGGCUUAUAAUGUUAAAUUCUGCAGUUUACCAACAUUAAGUUAGUGUGUAGUGGCAUACUUAAUCCCCUCUUUGCACUUAAGAUCCAAGUGUUCAAAACAUGUCAAAAAUGAUACAUGCCUCAGUUGUUUUCAUAUCUGCCAGAAGUUGAUUACUUUCUCUCUUAUUGAUUUCUUUGAUUAUCCUUGAAAAAUUUGAAUAAAAUUGAUUUUGAUAUCAACCUUUGCCUAUUGCAGCCAUUUUUUCCUUGAGGGGAUCCUGUCUCUCCUACCUCAAUCCUGGCUAGCCAUGCACCAUUUUUACCAAACAGUUUGUAAAGUGAUUUUUUGGCUUAUACAUAAAGUUUUCAAAAAUUUUACUCAAUAAAUAUACUGUUUUAUUACUUGACACUUGUAAUAUAACUUUUGAACACAUUAAUAAUAGAAAAAUGUUUAAAAAGGAGGACUUUUUUGGGUGGGCUAGGACAAGUUAUCCUGAUUCCCUUUAUUUCUUAUGGGAAAGUUUGUUUCAUAUUUCGAGCAAAUCAUUUCGACCAGCCUUCUGGAAUGGAUUAAGUUUGAAGUCUGAGGUACUACUGUAUAUACAUAUAUGUGUUUGUUCAAACUUUAAUUAUUAUAUAAUUAAUCUUCCUAUUUCCAUGACUUGUUGAUCAAAGUGUACAGUAUGGUACAUUAGAUUUUAUUCUCAACCCCAUUACCACUUUACUAAAUGCUCAAAGUUUACUAUAAUUUAAUAUGAAAAUUGAACUUUUCCUUUAUCCCGCAUUUUUAAGGUUGUUAAAUUCAUUUAAUUUCAAGUAAAUAUGUAUAAUACCUUACU